AAGCUGUUAAGAACUGGCUUCCUCUCCCUUCCCUCUCCCAAGUCUUUCAUCACCUCCUCCAAGGCUUCUCCCCAACCACUUCCAUCUCUCCCCAGACUGACCAAAGGUCCACAGCUACCCCUUGCAUUGGUACUGAUCGCUUCUUCUUCUCAGUUUAGACGUACAGGCCUCUCAAAUUUUUUGACGCUGCAGUCAUCGAUCGGUCUGCGUGUAUUACUGAGCAACAAGGAAGACAUUCAUCGAUCUAUACUUCCAUCAGUUGUCGAAGAUGUCUAAGUUUUCGAUGAAAUCCUUUCUAAUGGGCUGCUAUGGAAAGAUUGAUGAAAGGCCACCAACCAAACAGGCUAAGAAGCGCCACACCAACCCAGACUCCCCACAGAGGUUGUCCUACUCCGAUGUCAGCAGCUCCACUACACCAAUGUCGCCGGAAGAUCUAUCGUUAACUCUUUCAGGAUCAAACCUUCAUGUAUUCACCUUCGCGGAGCUGAAAGUCGUGACAAGGAACUUCUCCACGAGCAAUUUCAUUGGAUCGGGUGGGUUUGGGCCUGUGUUCAAGGGAUUCAUCGACGACAAAUUGCGGCCAGGGCUGAAGGCUCAGACCGUAGCGGUGAAGUCCCUGGACUUGGAAGGGACGCAGGGCCACAGAGAAUGGCUGGCUGAGGUUGUAUUUCUUGGGCAAUUGGAGCAUCCCCAUCUUGUGAAGUUGAUCGGUUAUUGCUGCGAAGAUGAGCGCAGGUUGCUCGUGUACGAAUAUAUGGCAAGAGGAAGCCUGGAAAAUCAUCUGUUUAAGAAAAUUCUUGCUUCUUUGCCAUGGUCAACGAGAAUAAAGAUUGCUGUGGGGGCUGCCAAGGGCCUUGCAUUCCUUCAUGAAGCUCAGAAACCGGUGAUCUAUCGCGACUUCAAAGCUUCAAAUAUAUUAUUAAACUCGGAUUACACUGCAAAGCUUUCAGAUUUUGGGCUCGCAAAAGAUGGUCCUGAAGGAGAAGAUACUCAUGUCACCACACGUGUCAUGGGCACGCAGGGCUACGCCGCACCGGAGUAUGUCAUGACCGGCCAUCUCACAGCAAAGAGUGAUGUCUAUAGCUUUGGAGUUGUGUUGUUGGAGCUAUUGACAGGGAGAAGGUCUGUAGACAAAACCAGGCCGAGCAGAGAACAGAACCUUGUUGAAUGGGCUCGGCCUUUUCUCAAAAAUGCCAAUAAGCUAGGCCGUGUCAUGGACCCCCACCUCGAAGGCCUAUAUUCUACCAAAGGUGCUCAGAAGGCAGCAGCAGUGGCUUACCAGUGCUUAAGCCACAGUCCAAAAUCAAGGCCUCAAAUGAGAGACAUUGUUGAGGAAUUGGAGCCUCUUCUAAACUUCAAUGACAUACCCCUUGGCACCUUUGUGUACACGGUGACAGUGGAGAAGAACAAGGAAGAAGAUGAAGGGAAGAUGGAAAUGAAGGUCGAAGCAAAUGCGAAGCAAGAUCGCCAAAAUCAUAAUCGGAGGCACAAACUAAAGUUCCCUAAUUCUACGAUCCACUCCGAAACUACCCUUCACAAGGAGGGGAGAAAUUUGUAUAGGAACUCCUCAAGACACCACAUAGGAUGAGGGGCUUAGCCUAGGACAAAAUGUUAAUUCCAUUGUACAAACAAUACUUCAAAGGUUUCAUUUAAAAGAGAGUCUCAAUAUAGACUGUUCCAUGCUACAAGUCAA